AUGGGGACCGUCAUUAUAGACGUUCCCGCUGGUCCGGCAAAUCCCAGAUCGAGAGACCCUCGCAAUGCUCCGCAUCAUUAUGAAAUAACACAAAUCAUUUGUUCUCCUAAUAUGGAAUACAUCGCAACUCUCAGUAGAGAAGACAUGAAGAUUGUAAUUUGGCCUGUCGAUGAAGAAAAAAGACUAAAUCCGUCGAACAUUAUCGAAUUUAGAGAAUUGGACGAGUGGGCAAAUUUUCCUCCCUUCGACGCCCUCUCUUUUUAUUUUGAGUUCCUUUCGUUGCACGAAAUUUCGGAUGAAAAGUUUUUGAUUGUGGAUUCGCGUCCUGACACUGCUUACGAAAUGUUUGAUGUCACGAACAAACAACAUGUCGACGUUCCAAACAAAGAACACAAAAGAGGAUGGCAUUUUUUGAAAGAUGGACAUUUUGUAACCUACAAUGAAUAUGAACUCAACUUGUACACCAUCGUGACGGAAUACGCUCAAAUAUAUUUUCUGUUGGAGCGUGUCAUCGUGAACAGUCAGCCCACACUAAUGAGAAUUAUCACGCCAACAGGAAAAUUGAUACAGGUCGACAACAGUCAUUAUUUAUCAUUGUGGGAUAUAAAGACAGCGGUGCUGGAACAACAAUUUGAUGACCAAAAUUAUAGGCAUUUGAUUAAAGCUAGUAUAAACGAGGAAGGUACACUGAUAGCGUUCAACAGGAAGAAGGAUGAACUGAAGGGUGAGCUGGCGGUAUAUUCCAUAAAAACGGGCAUAGUGUUAUCCACGGGUCCUUCUGGAGGUGAGAUGAUGGAUGUUUAUUUCGGCGUAAACCAUCAGGAUUGGCUCAUUAUUCCAAGUUAUGACACGAAAAGAAAGGACGAAAAUCCCUAUAAUUACGUACCCAUCACCGGAUUUUCCAUAAUGACUCCUCACGCGUUGGACAAAUCCAUGGAGUUUUCACUCGACUCAAUUGUGGACUCGCACAGGGUGAAUCCAAGAUUGAUUAAAGAGGAUAGGUUGAUUUGUGUCGUCGAUGGAUUCUUGCAAGUUGAAGAUAUUUUUGCAAAGGUCAAUGGUAACUUGAGUUUCAACACCCACUUCAUGUUAAGAGAAAUCGAGUACAUCAUUUCCCAGAUAAAAUAUGUACCGAGUUACCUUAACGAGGUAUACCCCGGAAAACGGGUUACAUGGACCGUGUUUACAUCCGAUGAAAUUGAACACGCACCUCCAAUAGUGUCCGCGUUCAAGCUAGAUGAGACAACCUAUUCGUGGAACCCUCUAGGAUCUCCUCUAAUCCUCGAGAUUGAUGGUUACGAUUUGCUUACACACAUGCACAUUUCAUCUUACCUCUUAAUCAACGAUGAUUUGAUCAUAUGUACGACCACUCUUAUAAUGAUCCUUACCGUCGAACCGGAAGGCAAAAUACGAAUGAUUUAUAGUUGGGGUUCCCACGACGAUUUGAUUGGAUUUACGGAUCGAAUUGAAUAUUUUGAAAGUAUUAUGGAGCGAGAAAACCUCGUUAUGAAGUACCAAGACGGUGAAAUGAUUCGGCCCUUUAAAAUGAUGAUCAAAGAUUUUUUGACAGAUGUUUCAACCUUUUCUUCGUAUUCGCAUGCUAUUUUGCGCGCUUCUCUCAAACUUAGUAGAGAUGAGAUUGUGAAGCAUAUCGUGGAUAAAUCUUUACAACGCUUUGAAGAAAAUCGGCGGGACGUCAACAUCCUUAGUAUUGUUGCCAGGUCAUUUACGGAAAUUUUCAAAUUCCAACCUAAUUACAUUUCCAAAAUAGUCGACGCGAUUCAUAAGUCAAAAACUGGUCGGGAAUCCUUUGAACCUGUUCUCAGGGGUUACACCUAUGAUAAUCACCUGCGUUCACCUUCAUUUUCUUCGAGA